AUGGGGGAGGGCGAAGGAGGCGAAUUCCCUCCAAAAAUGGCUCCGCAAUCGGAGGCGGCACAAUCCCCCGCGGAUUUCCCGGCGAAGACCCUUGCUAGGCAGCUCGAUUUCAGCGGCGGCGGUGGGCUUCUUCUUCCCGACCAUCCACAACCUCAGAAGCCGACGGUGGCUGUGCAGCAGCCGAUUGCGAAACCGCCGGUCUCUGUACCUGUCACUCAGAGCCAGCAGCCGCAUCUCGUUGCUGCGGCGACCGCCCCUGCUGUGCCUCAGCCGCCAACUCAGCAGCAGCAGCAACAAGGUGUUCCAGCUGUGAAGGCUGUGAAACCUGACUCCCCAAAAUCAAGAGCAAGACCAGCUGCAGAGAAAGAUGGUACACCAAAGAAGCAGAAACAGUGUAACUGUAGGCACUCAAAGUGCUUGAAGCUGUACUGUGAGUGCUUUGCUUCUGGAACAUAUUGUGAUGGAUGCAAUUGUGUAAAUUGCUAUAAUAAUGUCGAGAAUGAAGCUGCCAGGCGAGAAGCAGUUGAAUCGACUUUGGAGCGUAAUCCAAAUGCAUUCAGGCCAAAAAUUGCAAGCAGCCCACAUCCACCACGAGAUAUCCGGGAGGAAAAUGGGGAAUUAGUAGUGCUGGGAAAGCACAACAAGGGAUGCCAUUGCAAAAAGUCGGAAUGCCUCAAGAAGUAUUGUGAAUGCUUCCAGGCAAACAUCCUCUGUUCUGAAAAUUGCAAGUGCAUAGACUGCAAGAAUUUCGAAGGAAGUAAGGAACUCCAGGCUCUCUUUCACAGUGACCAUGCCAGCAACAUUAACAUGCAGCAGGCAAAUGCUGCUAUAACAGGAGCAAUUGGUACAUCUGGGUUUACAUCGCUUCCAGUGUCUAGAAAGAGAAAAGGCCAGGAACUAUUUUUUGGUCAAACAGGCAGGGAGCCUUCCUUUCACAGGCCAGGACAUAUUCAGCAGGCUAACCAGAUCAGGGCUCCUGCAACCUCUUCAAACCACGUAGUUCGUGGUGGCAGCAUAGCACUGCAUACCCCUUCCAAAGUCACAUACAGGUCUUUGUUAGCGGACAUUAUUCAACCCCAGGACAUUAAAGCACUUUGUUCUGUAUUGGUGGUUUUAUCUGGAGAAGCUGCUAAAACACUUGCAGAGCAAAUAAUUGAGCUAGAAAAGCAGGUGGAAGUCCAGGCUGAAGCUUCUCUUGCAUCAUCAACUCAGGAAAAGCAGAACCAGAGAGAAACAGAUGCCGAGAAAAGUGUUGCCGAUGAUGGUUGCUCCAGUGCUAUCCCGGUUGACAACUCAGGUCCUGUUAAUGGUUCCACGUCAGACGAUGUGGAUGCUUCGAAAUUGAGGCCAAUGUCACCCGGAACUUUAGCACUAAUGUGUGAUGAGCAAGACACUAUGUUCAUGGCAGCUUCCUCACCAAAUGGCUUGACGGGCCACGGUGGGAUCACAGCGUUGCAGUCACCUGACAACGGACAAGGCGUGACAACAGAAUCUUACGUGGAGCAGGAAAGAGUCGUAUUAACCAAGUUCCGAGAUUGUCUACAAAACCUCAUCAUGUUGGGAGAGGAGAAAGAAAUAGUGUGUUCAUCGGUAGCCAGAUCAGAGUCCAUUGAUCAGAGAUACACGCUCAGCAAUGGCACAACAACAAUGACGAGUAAUCGAGCUGUGGAAGGAGGCAUUCAACAUGGCGGCGCUGGUGGGCCCUUCAGCAACGGGGCAGCGAAUAAUGUCAUCGCUCCACAGACAGCAGCCAGAGCACCUCAAUUGGUUAGUUCUGCGAUCGACACACCAUCGUCGAAUACAAUCGAUCCUCUGAAAAGUAGCACACUCCCACAAAAUACUGAUUGA